AUGGCAUCGUUACUUAAAGACGCUCUUGAACAAGUUGGUCAAUUACAUAAAACUGAUGAUGAUCUUAUUGAUAGACUUAAUCAUCGUUUCACUGUUAUUCUUCUUGUUAUAUUUUCAGCAUUUGUUAGUACGAAACAAUUUAUCGGGGAACCAAUUUCAUGUUGGACUCCAGCACAUUUCUCUGGAGCUCAAAUAGGUUAUACGAAUAGUAUCUGUUGGCUUAAAGGUACAUAUUAUCUUGCAGCUGAACAACAAAGAAUUCCACAACGUGCAGAAAAUAAUGAAUUUCGUAUUGCUUACUAUCAAUAUGUUCCAUAUAUGUUACUUGUAAUGGCAGGUUUAUUCUACAUACCUCAUAUGUUUUGGCGAAAUGUCGGUCGACAUAUCGGCUUUGAUCUUCGAUCGAUUAUUCAAAAUAUGAGAAAAGAUUCGAAUAUAACUAUUAAUCAAGUAGCAUUACAACUUCAUGUAGCUCUUCAAUAUAAUUCAUUGAAAAAUAUUGUUUAUCGUGGUAAACCUGUCAAUCGUUUAUUAGAAAAAUUUCAACGUUCAUAUCGAUAUCGUAAGAUAAACAAAUUAUUAUAG